UCCCCGCCCGUUACAUUGUUGCACGGCGGUCACGCGCUCCCGGGCCAGCGUUCGAUUGGAAGCCGAGCCGGCGGCCGCCGCACGGUGCAGGCACCCGGAGCACACCCGGUCCCGUCCUUCAACCCUGCUGCAAGUUACCGGAUGGAGGAGCAGCGGGACGCUGAGGACCAGUUGCUUCACCAGGCUCGGAAUGGCGACUUGGUCGGAGUAAGACAGAUGCUGGAAGACUGGAAAAAUGGAAAGGUGACUCUCAAGAUCAACUGUAAAGGUCAGAGCAAGUCUAACUUCGGUUGGGCCCCCCUGCACCUGGCCUGUUAUUUUGGACACAAGGAUGUGGUGGAGGAAUUAUUAAAGGCUGGCGCAGAUGUGAAUGUGGCGAAUGACGUUGGGGACACUCCCCUUCACCGGGCAGCCUUCACUGGCAGGAAGGAGCUGGUUCUGCUGCUGUUGCAGUACAGUGCGGACGCUGCAGUCAUCAAUGGGGAUGGACAGACGGCCAGAGGUGUGACCCAGGACGAAGAGAUCCGAUGCAUGUUGGAAGCUGCUGAACUCACACAACAGAGGAAAUUGGAGGAGCUGCUGUUGAUGGCUGCACGGGAGGGUGACGCGGCGGGAAUAACUGCACUGCUGAACAGGUCGAAUCCCCCGGACAUUAACUGUGCGGACAAGCUGGGGAACACACCACUACACUGCGCAGCCUAUCGGGGGCAGAAACAGUGUGCCAUCAAACUCCUCAAAUGUGGAGCAGACUCCAGCAUCAAAAACAAUAACAAUCAGUUGCCUUAUGACCUGGCUUGUGGCACAGAGAUCAGACAAAUACUCAGUGGCAAAUCGCACAAGGGAAUGUAUAAGAUGGUGCAGAGAUUUGAAGGACCACUUUUUAAGCGUUCCAGAUUCUUUGGGUGGAACUUGUUCUGGGUGGUCUUGGAACACGGAGUGCUGAGUUGGUUUCACAGCCAGUCAGAAGCAAAGGCUGACGUGCACCGACUAGGCUGCAAAAACCUAACGCAAGCGGUUUGUACGGUUAAGGGGACGGAGCAGCGACACUUUUCAGUCAAGUUCUUCGAUGACAGUGUCCACAUCUUCAAAGCACACCUCAAGAACGCUCCGACGCUCACAAGCCAAAAAUGGCUUCAUGCAAUCGAGGAGCACUCUGCCUACAGCACUCACUACUGCUCCCAGGAUCAGUUCAGUGACUAUGAAGAGGAUGACGAUUCACCCUCGAAUGAGUCCCUGCAGGACUCACUGAAGACGGUGCAAACCUGCCAACAGAAGCUUGAGAAGGAAGUUUCCAACUUGCUGAGCUUGGUUGGUGGUCUGGAGGCUACAAAAGGACUAUCUCCUCGAGUACUGCAGAAGUUGAAGGAUGUCACCGAGUCCUCUAGAAUCGCGAGCGGAGCACUGUCCAACUGCAUUGUACUCAUCAACAAACAAGAAGUGGUGCGGAAUCUGCGAUUAGAGCAGGAACGAGAGAAGAACAAAAUACUUUCCGAGGCUCUGCAGACUCUAGCCUGUGAACAUCAUGAACUUGAGCAGUCUGUAGUCAAAGGGUCACCGCCACAGAGUGUCCUGAGUGACGAUGAGUUCUAUGAUGCUCUUUCAGAUUCUGACUCAGUGGACUCUUUGAGUGGAUUUGAAACGGUAGCAAGUCAUUCAGCGGACGAAGAACCUUUGGACUGUAGCAAUACCGAAAGGUCAAAUAUGUCGGAGCAAGAAAAUCAUGGCACCAAGCCAACUCAGGCCAAUGGCAUCACAAAAUACAGGACAAGUUUGCCGGCUCCAAUGUUUUCCAGAGAUGACUUCAGUAUUUGGAGUAUACUUCGUAAAUGCAUUGGAAUGGAGCUGUCCAAGAUUGCCAUGCCUGUUAUAUUUAAUGAGCCACUCAGCUUCCUGCAGCGACUCACAGAAUACAUGGAACAUACGUAUCUCAUCCACGAAGCAAUCAGUUGCCGAACUUCUCUGGAGAGAAUGCAGCGUGUGGCAGCUUUUGCCGUUUCAGCAGUGGCCUCCCAGUGGGGAAGAACAGGAAAGCCAUUUAAUCCUCUCCUUGGUGAGACCUACGAGCUUGUCAGACAGGAUCUAGGAUUCAAGCUCAUAUCAGAACAAGUUAGUCACCAUCCUCCAAUCAGCGCAUUCCAUGCCGAAGGACUCCAUCAGAACUUUGUUUUCCAUGGAUCCAUAUAUCCUAAACUGAAAUUCUGGGGGAAGAGUGUGGAAGCUGAGCCCAAAGGAAUUAUAACAUUAGAACUUAACAAGCACAAUGAAGCUUACACUUGGUCAAACCCAACAUGCUGUGUGCAUAAUAUCAUCGUUGGCCGUCUGUGGAUUGAACAGUAUGGAAACGUUGAGAUAAUUAAUCACAAGUCUGGGGAGAAAUGUAUUCUGAACUUCAAGCCGUGUGGUCUCUUUGGCAAGGAAUUGCAUAAAGUUGAAGGCUACAUUCAGGACAAAAGCAAGAAGAAGCUCUGUGCAAUAUAUGGUAAAUGGACAGAGUGCCUGUGGUCUGUUGAUCCCGGUACUUUUGAUGCCUACAAGAAAAACGACAAGAAAAACUCAGAAGAGAAGAAGACGAGCAAAUCGUCAGUAGCUUCGGAAAAAUCAGAACCCGACGAGAUGCCACUGCCAGAUACCUCGGAGAGUGUACAGGUUAUCCCGGGAAGUCGGCUGCUCUGGAGAAUAGCACCAAGGCCACCAAACUCUGAACAGAUGUACAAUUUCACCAACUUUGCAAUGUCACUGAAUGAGCUGGAUAAGGAAAUGGAGAAUAUCAUUGCUCCCACUGACUGUCGCCUGCGACCUGACAUUAAAGCAAUGGAAAAUGGAGAUAUAGAUUUAGCCAGUGAAGAAAAGAAGAGAUUGGAAGAAAAACAAAGAGCUGCUCGCAAACACCGAGCCAAGACUGAUACUGAAUGGAAAAACAAGUGGUUCCAUCAAGGGCCCAAUCCGUACGUCGGUGCCUCAGACUGGCUGUACUCGGGAGGAUACUGGGACAGGAAUUAUUCACAUUGCUGUGAUAUUUAUUAACACAGGAGUUUGAUUCUGUCAGCAUCUCUACUGCUGUGGUGCAAGCUUCAGCACAGAUAUUUUUAAAACAGUACAACCUCAACCAAUGCAAAUUUAAUUCUGUUUUAUUUCUUCCAAUACAAAAGUUCUUUGCAAGUUUUUAAGUACUGCCAAGUAUGUACACUAGAAGUCUCAUACUGAGAACAUCGCAGUGAUAAACUUGUUGCUGUCUUCUCCAGCUGUUGCACAAUUAUUGAAACCUAUAAAUGCCUAGGCAUAAAACUUUUGAGCUACCUCUGGCAGGUUUCAUGUAAGGCAAUGUGGGAACAUAACUGGCCUGUGAACUUUAAGACAGAUUAUCUUAUGGUAUCUUUGCUGUUAUUACUCAAUCAUGCUAGUUUGACUCAAUCAUUCUAAAAUCACAUCAAAAUGUUACAGUAUUUCAACAACAUGCAAGUUGGACUGAAUAAUGCUUUUGUUCAGAUCUGUUAUGGAGAUAGAUAAAGACUGUAAUUAUAAAGUAGCAACCUCUAUCGGAACUGUUUUGUAAACAGUAUAUUCCCCCAUUUAGAUUGAUAAGAUCUGCAUAAGCCACCCAUUAAAUUGAUAUAUUUCAGUGGACUUAGUAACUUGAACACUUGUUCAGUCUCUCACUAAUGGACCUCUCACUCCAGAAGUGUGUGUGUGGAAGGAUAUUUUUACCUUAGUGCAAUGUGCUCCAGCUUAUGAUCGAGUCAUUGGUAAAUCAUAACAUUGCAUUUCCAGUUUUUUUUUGUUUAUUUAAUGUGUGUUUGUUUUGAAUUUGACUUGUCAUGUAGUGUUUUAUUCAGGAGUUUCAAAGCCAUGACAAGCUUUGCGACCCUAGUUUGAAAAGCUGUAUUGCUAAAUGUGUAAAGAGAAUUCUGUAAUUAUUUGUACAGUACAUCAGAGUAUGUUCCUGAAAUCUGAAAUUUCAAAAACUAAGGUUGAGUACAUUGAAACUGCAAUGUUUAUAAUUAAAGUAUGACCAGUUCGUGCACUGUUAACCAAUUGGACAAAACACUCCCGUUCUACAAUAGUGAAUUCUACUCUCUAGAUUUGCAAUUGAUCUGGCCUUUGUAAGUUAGAUUGAUUGUGAAAUACUGCAAUUAUUGGCACUGACAAUGGGUGUGCUUCUAUGUUGCACAUCACCCAGUUUGUAUAAAAAUAUGAAAUAAGUGAAAUUCAUUGUGUUAAACUUUCAGCACAUUUUCCAUGUGUGAUGCAUUGCAGUUGAUGACACUGGAUUCAAUUAAACUCCUGAUUGGAUUGUUAGGUCACUUGCUAUUUUUUUUCUAUUUUCAACUCUGAAGAAUGUAAAACAGACUUGGAAUCCAUCUCUGUAUCUCUUAUGUCUACUGUUAACAUUUCCACUAGCGGUGUAUUGGAUUGAAUUUCAAGGAAACGUAUUUCUAGGUAUCUAGUUUAUAUCUCAGAACUAAUAGAAGGGCAACACUGUUGGAUUUUUAACAACUGUUUUGUCAUUUAAUGGAAGUAUAUAAAAUGUUAUUGCUGCUAAAUAAAGGCUUUACAAAAAACUCUUGGAUAUCUAAAUCUAGAGAAAUUUUAGAUGCUGGAAAUCUUAAAUAAAAGCAGAAGAUACAGGAAACAGCUGGUAGGUCAGGCAGCACCUGUGGACAGAAAGUUAACAUUUCAGAUCCAAGACCCUUUCUCAGAACUGGGAGAGAGAGAGAGAGAAAACAGGUUAUUUUAAGUUGCAGGAGAGGUGGUGGGGAAUAGGAGAAAGGGAAUAUCCCAGAUAAGGUUACAGUGUAGGGAAGCCUGGGGUUAUGCACCUGGUAGGAAGAAUAAAGGUGUAAACUAUUUUCUAAAUGGGGAGAAAAUUCAGAAAUCAGAGGUGCAAAGGGAUUUAGGAGUCAGAGUUCAGGAUUCCCUUAAGGUUAACAUGCAGGUUGAGUUCUUUAGUAAAGAAGCCAAAUACAAUGUUAGCAUUCUUUUCAAGAUGACUAGAAUAUAAAAGCAAGGAUGUACCACUGAGUCUUUAUAAGGCGUUGGUCAGGCUGCACUUGGAAUAUUGACAUCAAUUUUGGGCCCUGUUUCCAAGGAAGGAUGUGCUGGCCCUGGAGAGGGUCCACAAGAAUGAUCUCGGGAAUGAAAGGCUUAACGUAGCAUGAGUGUUUGGGCCUGUGCUUGAUGUUCAGAAGGAUGAGAGGGGAUAUCACUGAAACCUACCAGAUACUGAAAGGCCUGGAUACAGCAGCUCUGGAGAGGAUGUUUCCAUAAAAAGGAGAGUCUACGAUCCAAGGGCACAGCCUCAGAAUAAAGGGACGUCCCUUUAAAACUGAGAUGAGGAGGAAUUUCUUCAGCCAGAGGGUGUGGAAUUAGUUGCCACAGAGUGCUGUGGAGGCCAAGUCAUUGGGUGCAUUUAACACAAAGACUGAUAGGUUCUUGAUUGGUAAGGGGGUUAAGGGAGCAGGUAGGAGAACAGGGUUGUAAAACAAAAAAAUCAGCCAUGAUUGAACGGUGGAGCAGACUCGGUGGGCUGAAUGGCCUAUUUCUGCCCCUAUAUCUUAUGGGUGAGACCAACUGUUAGUUAGAGGCAGGCUGUGCUGCUUUAUCUUUGUUAUGUCCUGCUAAUAGCUGAGGGUUAUGCCCAGCGAGUCAAACUGUACUAAUGAGAGAGAAAAACUGCGGCAGGAUCAUAGCUAGAUCACUUGCAUCAGCAAUGGCCAGUUCUGAUACAGACAGAAGGCAAGUUACCUAAAGUUAGAAUUCAUUACUGAUCCAGAAGGUUGCACCUUGCCCAGAUAGAAGACUAGGUAUUGUUUCUUAAACAAGUUGAGCCUUGUAACAGUACAAGGAGGCCAUCAACAGGGCACAGUUGGAGUGGAAUAGACAAUUAAAGUGGCAGGCAACCACAAGCUCGGGGUCGUCCCUGUGGACUGAACGCAGGUGCUCUACAACUUACGAGUGGAUCAGGGAGUAGGGGUAAGAGGGAGAUGAAUUUCUGCAGGUAGCCAAAUUUGUGGCUCCUCAAAGUAAACACCCGAUUCUGUUUCGAUUUUUAUAAACAGACAAAGCCACAUUGUGAACACUUCCUGCAGUACACUGCACUGGAAGAAAUGCAUGUGAAUUGCUGUUUCAUCUAGAAAGACUUCAAUCCCACCUACCUAUCUCUGGCUUGAUGCAACAUCACGUAAUUCAUCUCGUCCCUUCCCACCAACCAGGGGACCCAAAUGGUCUCUCUGUUUUCAGGAAGAGAGAUGUGUCCAACUGUGUUACCUACAGAGAGAUCUCUCUGGCUGCCAGCCACAGGGGAAAUCGUCACCAUUGUCCUCCUCAACCAUCUCCUUGUGGCCAAAGAACUGCUCUCCAGUGUGCAGUAUGGAUUCUGUCCCUCGAGCGGCACAAUGGACUUCACUGCACAGGAACUCCAGGGUGACUGCAGGAAGCAGUACCACCCAUUUUCUAUGGCUUUUUGUCAACCUCACUUAAACCACUGACCCCAUCAACAGGAAGGGACGAUGGAGCACUCACCACAAAUGAAUUCAUUUCCCUCUUACACCUGCUCCGUGAUCCACUCACAUGAACCUAGGGAAUUAGGCCACUUAUGCCCUUGAGCUGAUACAACCAAUGCUGUCUUCGCAAAAUCCUCCAAAUCUACUGAAAGGAUAAGCAGACCAACAUUAUUAUUCUCUCCCACACUAGGAUCCCUAGCAUCGAGGCCCUAAUUAUAUUGUCAGCUCCAUUAAGCAAAUCAUGUCAUUCACAAAAUAGAUUCUCUGGGACUUCAUCUAUUGGAGUAUAGGAGAGGGAUGAUCUUAUAGAGGUGUCUAACUAUAAGGGGCAUAGAUAGGGUGAACGCACAGUCUUUUUCCCAGGGUUGGGGAAUCAAGAAUGAGAGAGCACAGGUUUAGGGUGAGGGGUGACAUUUAAUAGGCACCUGAGGGGCAACUUUUUCCACCCAGAGACGGGGAGAACGUACAAACUCCUUACAGUGGCCGGAAUUGAACCCGGGUCUCUGGCACUGUAAAGCAUUAUGGACCAGU